AUGAACGGGGAGAAGAGAAAUACUCGUGGGCGAGGCCGCGGUCGUGGGCGUGGAAGGGGUCGAGGUAGAGGUCGCGGUAGAGGGAAGAAAGUUCCUAAAGUGAUGUCGUCUGAUGAGGAGGAAUGUUCUGUGGAAGAAACAACUCAGGAUCAAGAAGAUUCCGUGCCUGAAGAUACUAAAGAGGAACCAGAACAGGCUGAACCUCCUAAAUUGGAAGUGCCUUCAGAUAUUUCACAAUUGGAAGCUCCAGUUUUCACAACUUUGCAAAGGGGCCCUCCAGAACCAAUGCUAAGACUAGACUGGAGUCACCGCGCUACCCUUAUUGGAGAAAAAGUCUUAAAUCCUAUGAUUUACUGCUGUGAUAUUUGCUCAAAACCUAUACUUAUUUAUGGUAGAAUGAUUCCAUGUAAACAUGUCUUCUGCUUAUCCUGUGCUAGAGCUGAUCAUACACAUUGUCCUAGAUGUAGAGAAAAGGUUUUACGAGUAGAACAGACUGGUCUUGGUACAGUAUUUAUGUGCACUCAUUCUGGAACUAGAUAUGGAAAUACAGGAUGUAGGAGAACAUAUUUGUCACAGAGGGAUCUACAAGCACAUAUCAACCACAGACAUGUGUCAUCGGGUGCUACUGAAAAACAAGAGUCGGAGCCAACAACAGCCUCUGUAGCUAUUGUUAAACCUUUAUCAGUAUCAUCCAGCAGCAACGACCCACGGUCCCACUCCCUAGCACAUGCCAGCGCAGAGAGGCCACGCGGAGCUCGCACCAACCUCAUCACUGUGCCCAUACAUGAUCAGUCUGACUCGCACAACUAUUAUAAUUAUUAUCAGCAGACACCGCAGCCGGUGCCGCCGCCGAGCAUGCCGGGCGCGCCCGUGGUGCUCGGCCACGCGCUGGGCGUGCCGCCGCCCUACUACCCCGCCGCGCCCUACUCCACGCCCGCAUACGCGCCGCCACCCGGUGCACCAAUGACCACAAAUGUAGCUGGUGUCUCACCGAUGCCAUCAGUGCCAAUGGCCUCAGUAAACCCACUGCCAGAAACAACAAGAUGGCCGGACGGCUACCAAACCAAUGUACCUGUCCAACAGUGGCCGAGCUCACAUCACUACUACAGA